GCAUUUAAAAAAAGCUAACCUCAAUCCAAACAAUAAAAGAAAUUCCAAUCUAAUAAAACCGUUAUUUACAAUAUAUAGCGUUUUUAAAUACAAACAAACCCCAAAAUGCGUGACAAUAUUGCAACUGCGGCCCCAAUGGAUACGUUAGCGCGUUGCGUUGUUGAUACCCCCUUUAACGCCACCCCAAAUGAACAAAAACCUCUCGCAAUUAGCGUGUCUUCUAAUGUCUAUUACGGAUAUCAGCCCUUAACUCGACAAACCAACCAUGAACGAGUUGAUUCGGCCUGUGAAGACAUUCUAAAUAAGACUUUUAGCGAAAUGGAUACCGACCAGUAUGAAGCUGACUGUUUAAAUAGAAAAAGAACAAGGGAUCAGUUCGAGUUGAGCUGCAAUCAGGCUAAGAGAAAACGACAUAAUGAGCCAACAAAAUUGGAUUUGAAUCCCCAUAAUAAACAAUUCAAAUCUUUAUCGACUGAAAUAGAUGAGGAGCUUUUACGGGAAACUCAUGGAUGUACUUAUUACCAUUGGGUAUCCAGCAAUGUAUAAGAUGUAAUUGGAUUUUCUGUAAAUUUUAUUAGCUUAGUAGGGUUAGUUUAGUAUGUAGCAAAUAGUUAGACUUAGUUAUAAACAGAGCAUUGAAAAAUGUAAUUCCUUUUAAUGGGAUAAUUUUUUUUUAAUUGCUCUGAAGAUAUAUUUUUUUAUUCAAUCUUUAGUAGGCGUAUCUCAAUUGAAAUAUCAUAAAUUUCAACCAGAUAACUUAAAUUCACUAAAAACUACACAUUCUAUAUCCACUCUGGAAGUGGAAUGGAAUGUAUUUCAAAAAGAUCAUAAUAGUUGUGAUAAUUUAGAGUAUCAUUUUUGUAUAAAUUAUGUGUAUAAUAAUACUGAUAAUGUUCGGUCAAAAUAUGAACAGGGUAUAAGAUAUACUAUACCAAUUUGAUACUUUAAGGACUUAGAUUAGUUUAAAAAAAUGAUUACUUAAGUAUUUGGACACAUUGUAAUAUUCAAUUAAAAUAUUGAAACAUUCUUAUUUAUAUUGUAUGACAUUAAAUGUUGAGUCAUAUCAUGUGCAAAUUUUUCUGUGUAAAACUGUAUAUUUUUGUUACUUAUGUGUGGGUGCUAUACUGAAAGACUUAUAAUGGUAAAUUUAUAAUAAACCAGUUUUUCACUCAAUAA